AAAAAAAAAAGAAAAACAGGUUUCAGUUCCUUGUUCUUAGCCAAUAAAAAGGCCAUGUAUAUUAAACCAGAGUUGGUGCGUUAGUCUCCCAGAAUCGUGUCUGCUGUCAUGAUGCAACUCCUCCAGCUUCUCAAUAUUGUCUUGGUCAUGCUGUCUGUCUUCAAUCAAGGGGACUGCAUGCGAGACAACAUCAUCGGUGGACAUGUGGCAAAACCUCACAGCCAUCCCUACAUGGUAUUAAUACCGUACGAAAGUCAGGGAAAUAUUUGGAGGGAAUGCGAUGGUUUCCUUGUGAGGGAGGAUUUUGUAAUGACAGCAGCGCACUGCAAAGGAAUGCGAAUGUUUGUUUUCCCUGGUGUCCACGACAAGUCAAAAUUAAACAAAAACCUACGAGUGGAAGCUACACCAUUUGUCCAUCCCAACUACACUUUAAACGAAAAUGAAGUGAAAAAUGACAUUAUGCUACUGAAGCUCAAGCAAAAUGUUACGCUUACCAACAAGGUGGGGCUGUUAGCACUUCCUGAGAAAAAAAAUGCCAUCCCAACAACAGACUGUCUGGUCUCAGGAUGGGGUUCAACGGUUUUUAACCACCCAAAAAAACUCAGAUUGUUGAGAGAAGUUAAUGUUACCGUUAACACCUCUCUCAACUGUGACACCCCGGCAACAAUCUGUACCAGAGGAUCUAUAGGCCCUUUUCAGGGGGACUCUGGAGGCCCACUCGUUUGUGGUGAAGUUGCGUGUGGGGUGGUGUCUGCAUGCAAAUUUGACGGUGAAACCUACACCCACUACUACACUCGGAUUGCUCACUUCCGCCACUGGAUUGACAAGAUGAUGAAUACCAUCCAUUAAAACACCUAGCUGCAACAAUAUUUGAUAACAGAAUAAAUCAAUGUGGAACUAAUUUUCUGUAAAUCAACUGGUUAAAUCAGUCUCCUUUAACCCAAAGUUUUCAAUGUCUUAGGUCCCUGAAUUAUUCAUCAGAUGUCUUUCAAGCUAUAAGCUACAUAGUACAGCGGCUAAGGCCAGAUUUUUACCUGAAUCGCUCAGUUUUUGCAGAAAGCACGAAACUUGGUACAGUUAUAGUACUACCCCUAGUGAUCAAAAAUUGAAAUGGACCCCAACACAUAGCGCCCCCUAGUGGCUCCUAUCUUGACUUCAAAUAUGGCCACCAAAAUAUGCCCUUUUUUCUACAUUUAUAAUGCUAUGCAGCUUGUAACACAUAAUAUGACAUGUCUAUAGCCAUCUUUCAGCAUUAUGAAAUACAUUAUGUGACAAUCAUGCAUAAUUAAAAUGGCAGACAUGUUGGAUUUUAAGGAAGUAACCAUAAAUUCUGACACAGAGUCAAAAACUGUGGUGCAUUUAGGCUAUGUGUGAAGUUUUAACUGUGUGACUAAACCCUGCACUUGCCUGGGCUCAAUCCUUCUAAUUUGCCCCCUAGAGGCUGGCACGCUAGCAAGGAGCCUAAAACCCAUGGAUGCUAGCGUCUGUCAAGUCUCUUAAAGAAACAUAUGCUGCUUCG